GUUUUGAUUUGGUUGUCGUCGAGCCGUUCGCUGUCAUCAUGUGCACGCUUAUCUUGCCGAAGUAUCUCAAUGUUCCCUUCGUCAGCCUUGCUAAUUCCUACUUCGCUUUCGACGUCAGAUCUCCAGCUCUGCCGUCUUUCUCCUUUAGAUACUUUCAAGCGGAAGACAACCAAAAAGAAAUGUCUUUCUUCGUGCGGUUUAAGCAGCUUAUGAUCUUCUUGUUCUUUUCAAGCAGUCUGUCUCCACUGAACAGGAACCUAACCCUCCUCCACAAAUACUCACCCGAGUACGAUACCUGGGAGGACCUUCUGAGGGAAUCCCUGCUGUUUUUCCACGAGGUUGAUCAUCACUUCGGAAACUUCCUACCCGUAUUCCCAAAUCAUAUUUCUACUGCCGGAUUAACUGGAAUUCCAGCUAAAAAUCUUCCUGAAAAUAUUUUAAAUUUUGUUAAUGGCAGGAUUGUUGACGGGAAAGAGCUUGGUUUAAUUCUAAUGACAUUUGGUUCCAACGUGAAUUACAUGUCAAGAUCAACUAUGAAAAAGUUUUUGAACGCGUUUGGAUUGCUCAAUGAAACCGUUAUCGCUAAAUUUUCCAUCGACAAAAAGGACCUGGAGUUGAUUUCUAGCAUUCCGCCGAACGUAAUGGUUUUGAAAUGGCUGCCCCAAAACGAUAUCCUGGGCCAUCCCUCCACCAAACUCUUCAUCACGCACUGUGGCAACAACGGACAGCAUGAAGCUCUCUAUCACGGCGUCCCGAUGCUGGGGUUCCCACUCUUUGCUGAGCAGCACAUGAACUGCAAGAGGAUGACCGUUGGCGGAUUCGGUUUAUCACUGAAUAUUUUAAGUUUCACUGAAGACGAAUUGUUACAAACGAUUUUAGAUCUUUUGCAAAACCCCAAGUACGAAAACUCCAUCCAGCACAUGUCAGAGGCCUUCAGAGAUCAGCCAAUGACAGCCCAGGAAAGAAUUGUCUUCUGGAUCGAGCACGUGAUCAAACAUGGCGGCUCUCAUUUGAGAUCUAGUGCCAUGGAUCUGCCGCUCUAUCAGUUUUUAUGCCUCGAUUCGGUUGGAUGUCUUUUGAUGAUAAUCAUAUCAACGCUUUUUUUUUUUGCUCAGCUGUUGAUACUUUUGUGGAAGAAAGUUGCCAAACAUUACAAAGUAAAAUCAAGCAGAAAUCAACUGAAAAAAAGAUCAUAGACGUUUAGAAUGUUUAGCCAAACUCGAGUUCCCCGUUCAUAGUAAUGUCAUUUUCAUUUUGUGUAUAUUUUGAUUUAAAUCAAUCAACUUAAUAUAAAAUAACACACACAUAUAUAUACAUAUAUAUAUAUAUAUAUAUAUAUAUAUAUAUAUAUAUAUAUAUAUAUCUAUGUAUGUCUGUGUCUGUGUGAGAUGUUUUAUUCAAUUGUAACAGUCGAAAAAUUAAUGAAAAUCUGAAAAAAGCGUCAAGGAAUCGGUAAAAUACACGCGUUGUAUGAAGAGGAAAAUAAUUUUUCGUAUACUAAACUGGGAUGAAAAUCGAAGUUUUACAAAAAUAAAAAGUUAAAAUCAGUCACCA